AUGUCAGUUGAAUACCGCAAUCGUCUGAGGCUGGCUGAUCGGAUUUAUCGUGAAGGCGAGAUAUCUUUUCCUUGUAAGCGUUGUUCGAAAAUGAGUGAGAGACGCCCUGUCGAGUGCAAGCGAAUUCCUUCUACCCAGAAAUGUGGCCAUUGUGUCCGUUCUGGUCGCAAAUGCGAGCGUGAUGUUCAUGCAGAGUCUGAGUGGAAACGAAUCGAUCGCGAGAGAGAGCGUAUUGCUAGUCAGCUUGAAGAGGCUGAGCGUCAGUCCGAUGAGUUGUUAAUGAAAGUGAUGCGUCUUCGCAAACAGAAGCGUUUUCUUGAAUCGCGGAAUUUGAAAAUGCUGGAUAAUGAUUUCGGUGCGCUGGAAGGAAUGGGAGAAGAGUCUUCUGUGCCUGAUGAAGAUCUUCAGGAAUUUGAGCGCCUUCUUGAUGCAGAGGCAGCUCAACUUGCUGCGACAUCAAACAAUCCUAGUUUGACUCAGAUGAUGAAUUCUCCUUCCUUCUGGGAGAACUUCGAUUCUGCUGUCGCUGGUGGUAUUCCUUCACCAACUGGUGGCAACCAGUCAAGUUCGCGAUAG